CAAUUGUGUGACACAGGAAGCCCAAGUGUUGCCCACCCUCACCGAGGGCAGCUGCUGGGCUCGGGUUUGUUAAAGCAAAUCUCAUCCCUCGCCUUCAACCAGGCGGGUGUCACCAGCUGCCGCAGAGCCCGCGGCAGCCCUCUCCUUUCCACCCCCGCACGCCCGCCAAGGCCGAAGAGGCCCCUACGCGAAGGCGCGCGCCCUUGGCGCAUGUGACGGGGUGGGGGAGCAGUUUUCUUCCUCCCCUCCCCCUGCUCCAAACCCCACCUUCUCCGGAGAGGCUGCAGCUUUCUAUUGCGCCACCACCUGAAUGACCUUUGUUCCAGCCAAUCAGAACGUGACGCCUCAAGUAAGGCCCGCCCCCUGCUGGUCCUCAGGUUCCUUCCCGCUCACACCGGAGUCACUUCCGAAGAGAGAGAACCGCCAUGAAGAGAGAAGGGGGUGCCGCCCACCUCUGCUCCGACAGUCUCCCCGAGUCCCAGCAGCAAGACGGCAACCACGCACCCAACUUCUCCAGCCACAGCUCAUGCCGCCGUCGACAGCGGCGCCGACAUGACAAGGCGCUGCAUGCCCGCUAGGCCAGGUUUCCCCUCAUCCCCAGCCCCGGGGUCGUCGCCCCCGCGCUGCCAUCUGAGACCCGGUAGUACCGCUCCUGCUGCAGCGGGAAAGAGAACAGAGAGUCCUGGGGACAGGAAGCAGUCAAUUAUAGAUUUCUUCAAACCAGCUUCAAAACAAGACAGACAUAUGUUGGAUUCUCCACAAAAAUCAAACAUCAAAUAUGGAGGAAGUGGAUUGUCCAUCACUGGGACAGAGCAGUUUGAGAGGAAACUUUCAUCACCAAAAAAAUCUAAACCCAAAAGGGUACCGUCGGAAAAGAGCCCUAUUUUAGAAGCUUUCAUGAAAGGUGUUAAAGAACACCAUAAAGAUCAUGGUGUACAUGAGUCACGUCGGCCUUGUGUGUCACUAGUCUCCAAAUGUUUAUCCAAAGGAACAAAUAUCUAUGUUCCCUCUUCAUAUCGCUUGUCAAAGGAGAUGAAGGCACUAAAGAAAAAACAUCGAUCUCCAGAGAGGAGAAAGUCGCUGUUUAUUCAUGAAAACAGCAGGGAGAAGAAUGAUAGAGAGCGAGACAAGACCAAUGCAGACUCCAAAAAGCAGGCCACAGUGACAGAAGCUGACAUGUUCAAGAACAGCUCUAGAAGUCUUAGCAGCAGAAGCAGCCUGUCCAGGCACCAGCCAGGAGAAAGCGCACUGGGAGCUAAGUUCCAGUUGUCACUAGCUUCUUACUGCAGAGAACGAGAACUAAAGAAGUUGAGAAAGGAGCAAAUGGAGCAAAGAAUCAACUCAGAAAAUUCUUUUUCAGAAGCAAGCAAUCUUUCCUUCAAAUCCUCUAGUGUAGGAAGAAAAUGUAAACCAAGGCAGGAACAAAGUAAACAACAUGAUGUCAUACCUGGAAAGAGUAAUCUUUCAAACCUGGAAAAUGGACAUGUCUCAAGAAAAAGAUCCUCUUCUGAUUCAUGGGAACUUACUUCAGCAGGCUCUAAGCAGAAUAAAUUCCCUGACAAAAGAAAAAGGAAUUCUGUGGACUCAGAUCUGAAAAGCACAAGAGAAUCCAUGAUACCAAAAGCAAAAGAGUCCUUCCUUGAGAAGCGUCCUGAUGGGCCACAUCAGAGAGAAAAAUUUAUAAAACAUAUUGCACUGAAGACACCUGGUGGUGUUGCACUGAAGACACCUGGUGGUGUGUUGCGCUUGGAAGAUAUAUCCAAGGAACCAAAUGAUGAAACUGAUCGCUCCUCUGCAGGCUUGGCACCUUCAAAUUCUGGCCACCAUUCUUCCAGGAAUAGUGACCAAAUCCGUGUGGCAAGUACCAAAGAGACCAAGAUACAGAAACCCCACUUACCUUUACCUCAGGAAAAAUCUGCAAUUAAAAAAGCUAGCAACCUUCAGAAAAAUAAAAGUGCUAGCUCUGUGACAUCAAAGGAGACAAAACCUCUGCCUUUACUUUCCCAUGUUCCAAGUGCUGGUUCCUCUCGGGUACCAUUAAAUGCUAAAAAUUGCACUCUUCCAGUUCCUAAAAGAGAUAAAGAGCGUUCCUCAUCUAAAGAAUGUUCUGGGCAUUCUGCAGAAUCCUCCAAACACAAAGAACAUAAAGCAAAGACUAAUAAGGCUGAUCCUAAUGUAUCUUCAGGGAAAAUUUCUGGGGAAUCUUUGCAUUCAGAAUAUGGCACUCCUACAAAGUCUCCCCCAGCUGCUUUAGAAGUUGUGCCAUGUAUCCCAAGCCCUACAGCACCUUCAGCUGAAGUCCCUUCAGAUAAAGAGAGUUCAGGAAAUUCCAAUGCAGGUAGCAAUGCACUGAAAAGAAAACUAAGGGGUGAUUUUGAUAGUGAUGAAGAAAGUUUAGGUUACAACCUAGACAGUGAUGAGGAAGAGGAAACAUUAAAAUCACUGGAAGAAAUAAUGGCUUUGAACUUCAAUCAAACUCCUGCAACUACAGGAAAGCCUCCUGUUCUCUCCAAGGGGCUUAGAUCUCAGUCAUCAGACUAUAUGGAACAUGUUCAUACUGGCACUUAUACAAAUACUUUAGAGCGUCUAGUGAAGGAGAUGGAAGACACACAAAGGCUAGAUGAACUGCAGAAGCAACUACAAGAAGACAUAAGGCAGGGCCGAGGCAUUAAAUCCCCAAUCAGAAUCGGAGAUCAAGACAGUACAGAUGAUGAGGAUGGCCUCUUGGAAGAGCACAGGGAAUUUCUAAAGAAAUUUUCAGUUACAGUUGAUGCUAUUCCUGAUCAUCAUCCAGGUGAAGAAAUAUUUAAUUUCCUCAAUUCUGGAAAAAUUUUCAAUCAGUAUACCUUGGAUUUAAGAGACUCUGGUUUUAUUGGACAAAGUGCUGUAGAAAAGCUUAUUCUUAAAUCAGGAAAAACGGAUCAGAUUUUUUUGACAACACAAGGUUUCCUUACCUCUGCUUAUCACUAUGUCCAGUGUCCUGUACCUGUGUUAAAGUGGCUGUUUCGGAUGAUGUCCGUUCAUACAGACUGUAUUGUAUCAGUGCAAAUUUUAAGCACGUUAAUGGAAAUAACAAUUAGAAAUGAUACCUUCAGUGACUCACCAAUUUGGCCCUGGAUCCCAUCAUUGUCUGAUAUAGCAGCUGUGUUUUUCAAUAUGGGGAUUGAUUUUAGAUCUUUGUUUCCUCUGGAGAAUUUUCAGCCAGACUUUAAUGAAGACAAUCUAGUUUCUAAAACACAGACGACAUCAGGGGACAAAGGGAAUGAAAAUUCAUCUUGUAAACCAAUUUUUUCAACUCUUCCUGAAACCAACAUUUUAAAUGUGGUUAAGUUUCUAGGCUUGUGCACAUCUAUACAUCCAGAAGGUUACCAGGAUCGUGAAAUAAUGUUGCUGAUUUUAAUGUUGUUUAAAAUGAGUUUGGAAAAGCAGCUGAAACAGAUUCCUCUAGUAGACUUCCAAAGCCUCCUGAUAAACCUGAUGAAAAACAUCAGAGAUUGGAAUACAAAGGUGCCUGAACUCUGUCUGGGCAUAAAUGAACUCUCCAGUCAUCCCCACAACCUUCUGUGGUUGGUACAGCUGGUUCCUAACUGGACAUCACGUGGAAGGCAACUGAGACAGUGCCUCAGUCUAGUGAUUAUUUCAAAGCUUUUGGAUGAGAAACAUGAAGAUGUCCCUAAUGCCAAUAAUCUGCAGAUAUCGGUCCUACAUCGUUAUCUUGUACAGAUGAAGCCUUCUGAUUUGUUAAAGAAAAUGGUCUUGAAGAAAAGGGCUGAACAACCAAACGGCACUAUUGAUGACAGUCUUCAUUUAGAACUUGAAAAGCAGGCAUAUUACCUGACCUACAUUCUUCUUCAUUUAGUCGGUGAAGUUAGUUGUUCUCACUCUUUUUCUUCUGGACAACGGAAACACUUCGUGCUACUCUGUGGAGCUUUGGAAAAGCAUGUUAAAUGUGAUAUUAGGGAAGAUGCAAGACUUUUUUAUAGAACUAAGGUGAAAGACUUGGUUGCCAGGAUACAUGGGAAAUGGCAGGAAAUAAUCCAGAACUGUCGGCCUACUCAGGGGCAGCUUCAUGACUUCUGGGUACCAGAUUCUUAACAGGAGUUGCAGCAGCAAAAAUAUGAACCAAGAGAAACUAAAUAAGAGCCUUUCCUAGAGGAGAAGAAAGGAUUAUUACAGAAUUCAAUGGAAUGCUAAGAAAAUGUACAGCCAAUGUGCCACUUGCUUAUCUAGUAUGAUGCUGGUAAUGAAGAAGUUGUCAUUUCUGAAGCAGAUAUGAAAUGUGAUCUGCUUAACUGUUAAGGCAACUGACCUUUUAAGAGAGCAGAGUCUUAUAAAAAGAGGAGGGGUAAAAGCAGCUAAUACUUAAAUGUCUGACCUAUCCCUAUUAACUCCUCUUGUUAAAUUGUAAGCCAUUAUCUUUCUUUAGAAUAGUAUUUGUGGCACUGGGGAAUGACAGGAAAUAUGUAAGAAAUGAGUUUGGACCAACUUAAGGAGUUGGACAUGGAAACCAAGACCAAGUUCCAUUUGGAUUUAAUUUUCCUUCUUUGUUAUUUUAGGAUCAAAAGGGAAAGCAUAGAACUGAGUUUAGUAAUAAAACGCAUAAAUCUCUUCUUUAACUCCUAUAAACCACAGGAAAGUUUCGAUCCAUGCAUUUUCCUUCACUAUUCAAGAUUAAAAAUCUAUUAGAUUUUAAAAAAUGCAUUUAAAUAUAUAAUUGAGAAACACAAGUUUGAUAUAUUGUCAGAUCCCCUUAAGGGGAAUAAGCUAAGCUGUAAAAUAGUGGCUCAGUUUUUAUGCCAAAACAGUCAUGUGCAGUUUGUUUUGAAUUUCUUUUAAGUGCAUAUAUUUUUUUAAAUACUGGUUAAAUCUUAGAAUCUUGGCUAAAUCUUAGAAUCCUGGCUGUUGAUAACCAUAUUACAGAAGUCUAUAUUGUAAAAGCCUAAAGAUCUGAAUAUGUUUCCAAAAACCUGUUUUUCUUGAGUAUAUAACUUUGGCAGAGACCUGGAUGAUAUCUAUUCUUUGGGACACUAUGUGUAUGUGUGUGUGUGUGUGUGUGUGUGUGUGUGUGUGUGUGCACACAUGUGCUUAUACCUGAAGUUGUUGCACUUGAAAACCCCAGCUGCUCUAAAUUCUUAAACACUGGAAAGCCAUCCUUUGGUUUAAAUGGUGCAGGGUUAGGAGAAGUGCACAUGCUGGUUUUAGCCAAGGGCCCUUUGAAGUCUUUGGUAAUAAUAGAGUCUCACUAGCCAACUGAAAAAUUCUUCUAUUGACUGAGUGUCCCUUUUAGGAGGAUUUGUUUGCUGAAAGAGAAUGCCAACUUUUUUUUGUUCUAUAUUGGCUUGGGUGACCUGUUCUCCUGAGCACUCUAGUGUCUCCAGUUGUGCAGGAGAAAGAUGACGGAGGGGGAAGGGAACUGGACUUGAUGUUUAUGGUUUGAGAAAAUGAAUUUUGAAAAAUAACUUUCUACCUCUAAAUUGAGGCUUAGGAGUAAAAAACAUUUUAUCUUCAAUUUAUCAUUUAAAAAAGCAUCAGUAACUUUUGAGCUCAUGUCAAGCAUUGGGCAGUUAGAGAUUUUAUCAGGAAGAAUAAAUAAGUCCAGUUUCCAAGAACCUAACGCUGACUGAGGCUCUAAGAGUCAGACCAACAAAGUUUUAUUCUGUGUUGAGUUUACUGGUAAGAAUAUUAUCUUGAUACUACCUCUCAAGGGUAUUGUUACAAAAUGCCACUUAUGGUAAAAGAGAUAGAUACAAAGAGUUAUAUUUGACAGAACCUUGAAACUCUGGCAUCUAUCUGCCCAACAAUGGGGGCUUUCACUCUGUAAUUUAAUACUUUGUAGAUACAUUAUUUGUGUGUAAUUUUAUAAGUGUUCAUAUUUUUCUCAUUUUGCAUUGUGUAAAGUGUACAAAACCUGAAAAGUAUAAAAUACUGCUUAUAUUGCUUGUAAUUACAGUGUGUAAAUAUUUUCUAAUCGUGUAUAUUGAUGGGGGGACAAGUGGGUUAUUCAGGUUUUUUUUUAAGUGACCCUUUUAUAUUGCAGUUUCAACAGAUAACUGCCCAUCAAAUUUAAAACCACUUUGAUACAUUUUUAUUUAACAGUUCCAAUAAGAAAACUCUAUUUUUAAUUGUUUUUCUCCAUUAGAGAAAAAUACUUCAUGUGUCCCUUUAAAAUAAAUGGCCAGACGUCAGUUUAGGCCCUUGUAUUUAUGACUCUGGUAGAGGUCUUCAGUCUCCAGGUUACAGUCCAGUAUUUGCAUUUGGGUUCUCAUAAAAAUUUUGUGAUUCUCUUUUAGCACAAGUAGCCCAUGGUUUUUCUCUCAAAUCAAGUAUUUUCCUUCUCCCUCUUAAGUCCCCACACGUUGUCUCCCUCCUGCUGUUAUUGCCCAGUGAAUGGGAUAGUGGAGAGGGAGAAAAUGUUCAUUGCACAGAGAAUGUCAGGCCACUUUGGGGACUUGGCAAACAAAGCUUGCACUGAGUGGCGGUGUGUUUGGCAAUAUUACUGUGCCAAAAAUCACCUUGUCUAAUUUUUGGAUAUGUAUGUCAAGCUUAUUACCCUUCUUGCAAGCUGAAAAUCAAGGUACUUGUGUUUAUGCUUUUGUGUGUAACUGCCUUUUCUAAACUGCUUUUCUUGUUAUCUGAAAAUAUAAUUCUAUUAUAUCAUGCUAAGUGAAGAGGCUCUCCAUGCACAAAAUGCAUCUAUGUAGCAGUCAAGUAACAGCAUUUGUACAUUUUCUGUCUUAUCUCCUGAUGGCAGUGGUACCUUUGUCAUCUUUUGGGAGACUGGCAUUUUUUGUUUUGAAGCGCAAAUAGUAGCUUGCUUUGGACUUCACAAAAAUCUCCCCAGAUAUAAAAGAUAGCAAAUGGUGUGUUAUAAUCCAAGCUCCGUUAGAGCAUUUGCAUUUUUAUUUUUAUCAAAACAAAUAUAAUUGGUGGGGACUGGCCAGUAAUAAUAUGUGGAGUCUUUUAGCCAAGAGUAAUUUUUAAAUUUAAAAAAACAGAAAUUUUAGGAGGUGGCCCAUUAACAAGCGACUGAGUUGGAAGAUUAGGAGAUGACUGUUCUGGUUUGUCUCUAAGGAGGCAAGAGUAGGGUACAGGUGGCUGGGCAUGUAGAGCAGUUAGCAUGAUCUGUGGAUGUUACUCUUACUCAUUAACGGUGUUGGUUCUCAUUAUCUGUGCAUUUGUUUACCCUGGGCGGUCCUGUCAGCCAGUCGAUCCACCAGCUCUUAGACAGUAAUGGCAGAUUUCCUUUUUAUUUUCUUUCUUUUUUUUUUCCCUCAAGAUGUUAUACAUCUUGUUUUAAAGUCCUAUGAAUGUAUGUGUGUGCGUUAUUAAAACUGCUUUUUCUCGGUUUGAA